UCCUCCUCUAGUACUCUUUCGCUGUGUGGUAAAUCAUCCGAAUGCUGAUGCUUAUCUUCGUAGGACCGUUAUGCUCCACCUAGAAUGCAAAUUUGUCUCGAAGAUGAUAUCACGCGACAGCCACCUCUCCAAGCCCGAGAUGAUAACCCUACCUUAUACGAAAUCCAAGCUUCCAGGAACGAUCCUCAGCCGGUGGUGCCUCACAUGAAAAACAAACGACGCUUCGGAGAACAGAUUGACGAUGGGGUCUCCGGCUUCAGUGUAGCUCCUUCGAAGCCUGUGUUUUAUAAGAACAAGACCGCGAUGCGUGCUCCACGUGGACCCAAGUGUCCCGAUCAGGAGCGGUACUUCUACAAUGCUAUCUCUCGCGCCUCGAAGCCCUAUGACAAACAGGGUGAGGAUUCAUACAAUGCCAAUGCCCUUACACCAGCUGCCCGCGAACUUUCGAAAUCUUCACCCAAUAUGAAAAAGAUGAAAACACAUUACGUUGGAGAGAUCCAGCGCGGCGUUUCGGGAUCGAACUCCGACAGAUCGGGUUUCUCUUUUCUCCCAAAACGACGCGACGGUGAAGAGAGAACUGGCACAAAGGAAUCGUCUGCAGACAAGUCUGUCUUCUCCCAAAUCCAAUCCGUACAUCAUACAGCAGACUCGGACAGGCUAUCUGAAACGGUGAAAUCCCGGACGAUAUACGACGUGACGCAUCCAUCCAGGGCAGUCCCCCUCCCUCCCAAGGUGAACCCUGCAAAUUCGCAUGGACUUGGGCGGACCAUCUAUGAUGUCCACCAUCCUGGCGGCGCGAGGAAAAGUCAGCGUUUGGCGGGGAAGAAAGCCGUGGUGCGAUCAUGAUGUUUCCUGGAUUGAUUCUCGCUUUGUAUGAUUAUCCUACUUUACGGACUGGAACCAUUGAAGGGGUCCUCGUUGUGAAGCUGAGGUGUAUUGCCCGCUUUCGUAACUCCCUGCGGAUUACUACCGAAAGUAAUUUAAAAAGACUUUUCGACCUCUGUCGCUUAAUAUUACCUAUCCACUGACACGGAAAGGAAAUAAGGACAAGGUCGACUGUGUAGGAGAAGCGCAAGUGGACACUACUUCCAGGUUUGAUGCGAUAAUUUGCCCUGCAUAUAAUUUUGGAAGACCUCUAUUCGCUUGCUUCCCUGGUUGGUGACACCGUAUAGCAUUCCAAGUGAUGCGAUACUCGUAGUCAGUGCAUUUGCAUAGUCAGGAUAGCCUGGACUGUUACGAUCGACCACCAUUGGAAGACCUG